AUGGGAAGCGUGCUCGCGCUCAAGAGCUUCAAGUCAGACUUUGGCCUGCCCACAGACUCGAGCGGCUUCGCGUCCACCGAGAACGCCCACGUAGCCUCCAACGUCGUGUCCCUGCUCACGGCCGGCUGCUUCUUCGGCGCCAUCACGGCCGCCUUCCUCAACGAACGCUUCGGCCGCCGCUACUCCCUCGUGCUCUUCACCGUCAUCUUCCUCAUCGGCGCGGCCAUCCAGACGAGCGCUCAGCACACCAUUGGCCAGAUCUACGGCGGCCGUGUCAUUGCCGGCUUCGGCAUCGGCGGCAUGUCCGCCAUCACGCCCGUCUUCGUCAGCGAGAACUGCCCGCCGGCCAUCCGCGGCCGUGUCGCCGGUCUGUUCCAGGAGUUUCUCGUCAUCGGAAGCACCUUUGCCUACUGGCUCGACUACGGCGUGUCUCUGCACAUCAAGCAGAGCACCAAGCAGUGGCGCGUCCCCGUCGGCAUCCAGCUCGUGCCGGGCGGCCUCAUGCUGUGCGGCCUCUUCUUCCUCAAGGAGUCGCCGCGAUGGCUGAUGAAGAAGCAACGCCAUGAAGAGGCCCUGCGGUCUCUGUCCUACAUCCGCAACGAGUCUCCCGACAGCGUGGACGUGCAGAAGGAAAUCGCUGAGAUCCGGGCCUCCAUCGAGGAAGAGAUGGCCCUUACCGAAGGCGUCACCUGGAAGGAGACGUUGAAGAAGGGCAACUGGAACCGAUUCGCGCUGGCCUUUGGCAUCAUGUUCUGGCAGCAGUUUUCUGGAACCAACAGCAUCGGAUACUAUGCUCCCGAGAUCUUCGAGACGGUCGGCGUCAGCAGCACAAACUCGUCGCUGUUUGCAACUGGUGUCUACGGCACCGUCAAGGUUGUUGCCACGGCCAUCUUCCUGUUUGUCGGCAUCGAUCGAUGGGGCCGUAAGAGGAGUCUGAUUGGCGGUGCCAUCUGGAUGGCCACCAUGAUGUUCAUCAUCGGUGCCGUUCUGGCGACGCAUCCGCCCGACCCCAAGAGCAGCACGGUUUCGUCGGCGUCGAUUGCCAUGGUUGUCAUGAUCUAUCUCUACGUGAUUGGAUACUCGUUUUCCUGGGGCCCAACCCCCUGGGUCUAUGUCUCUGAGAUCUUCCCUACACGUCUCCGUGAGUACGGUGUCGGUCUCGCCGCCUCCACGCAGUGGCUGUUCAACUUUGUCAUUACGGAAAUCACGCCCGCUGCCGUCAACCACAUCGGCUGGCGCACGUUUAUCAUGUUUGGCUGCUUCUGCUGCGGCAUGUUGGCGUUUGUCGUCCUCUUUAUCAAGGAGACCAAGGGCCGCACUCUCGAGGACAUGGACAUUCUGUUUGGCCUCGUCAGCGAAGACCAGCGACAGGCGGACGUGGAGCAUGUGCUCAACAAGGGCGUUGAGCUGGAGCACGUUGAGCGCGAGGAGGUUACUCCCGACAAGGCCGUGUAA